UUGGUGAUUGUUUCGGGUUCAUUAUACACCAAUAUUUAGCUUCACAUAAUUAAUCUAGCAAGCUCUCUAACAGCCAUGUCUGGGUACGAUUACACGAUGGAGAGGCUCCGGGACCUUGUCAUGACUCAAUAUCAAUAUGCACCAAGACAAGCUCAAAUGGCCGCACAUGGAUUCUUCGAUGCCAUGGACAACGAUGGAAAUGGUAGUGUAAGUUAUCGCGAGUUCAAGCGUUUCUUGGUCUCCGAGGGUUUCGAGGAGUUCUCUGAUAAAGAUCUGUUCAAGAGAUUGGACGGAGAUGGGAGUCGAGGUCUGGACUUCUGGGAGGUGAUGAGUCUUUACUAUAUCCUCAGAAGUGACAAGCCUUUCUGCACCGAAUGUGAUGAUUUUUUGUUGGAAACUUAUUUCGUGUGUAAUGGUUGCCGCGGAGGGCCCUACUAUUUCUGCAACAGCUGUUGCCAAGAACAUAACUAUGAAAUGGGAGGAGAUCACUGCUACCCCGUCUAUGAUCAGCCACCAGUUCAUCAAAUGCAAAGGUCUCAAACAACAAAUUCAAUGGUCAUGUACACUCCCUCGCGUUCCACAAGUAGAAGUUCUAGUGUUGGGGGGAGCAGCUCAUUAAGGACAGCUUACAGGACAUUUGAGAUGGCUCUCAACGUAGCCAACCUCGCUGUUGGAGCCGCUGCUUGUUCCAUCAUGUAGCUUACAAUAAUUGUGUGCAUGUAAGCCGGAUCUUAUUUAUGUUUGUUGGUGUGCUUUUCUUCUUUAUACUUCUGUACUUAGUUUUUAUGAAUCUCAUCGAGAACCCUAGUUCAGGCCAGACAAGUUUUAAGAAAUACCUAUGUAUGGUUGUUAUUUAUAUCGGUUAAUCGUUGUACUUCUUGAACAAUAAGAAUAUAAGUCAAUGUCAAAGUUUAAUUGCAUUUGGCCA